AUGCCUCCCAACAAGAGUAUCACGAAGACCAAGAAGCCCGGCACGGCAGAGAGAAGUCUCGCCAAAGCCGUGGCCAGACACCAUGAGGCCAGAGGACCGACUCCCGGGCAGCGCCGCAUUAUGAAUGCAGAGGCCGACGCCCGUAGAGCGCGCAUCCGCCGUGCCCAGAAGCUGGAGCUGGAGAUCCACCCCAACGACGCCCAGCUCGUCCUCGCCAUCACGCAGACGCGCAAGCGGUCCGCCAACCCAGCCUACGACGACCGCGCCAACAAGCGAGCCAAGAUCGUCAACGCCGCGACGGGCGAGCGCAAGGAAGUCGCAGUCGCGCGCCCCUGGGAGCUGAACCGCGCGCUCGAGCAGCCGCCCGACCCCUUCGACCUGGGCAUCGGCUUCUCGGCCCCCACGACGAACCCCAUCACCGCGCUGGGCCUCAUGGGCCGGGUUCCCGUCGAGAUCCGCGACGAGAUCCUCCGCCACCUCCUGGUGUCGCCGCGCGGCAUCCGCGUGCUGCGCGGCUGGUCGCUCGUCUACCCCCGCAACAAGCCGCAGCUGCACCCCGCCGUCAUGCACACGUGCCACGUGCUGCGCAACCAGGGCCUGCACAUCCUGUACGGCGAGAACACGUUCGUCUACGACCUGCGCGACCCGCUGGACUCCAAGCCCGCGACGCACCAGGUCGUGGGCGGCGUGUUCGAGAAGUGUGUCGUGCCCAUCAACCAGCACGGCCACCUGAUCCGCCACAUCAAGAUCCGCGUCGAGGCGAACCGCCUGAUCCCCCGCGACACGCGACGCAGCUUCGAGCUGGCGAUCCGCAAGUUCCUGCCCGACGGGGGACUGGUCGCCGCCGCAAGCCUGCACACGCUGACGCUCGAGGUGCCCGCGCCGUGCAUGCGCGACCUGCGCUGGACGAACUGGAGGAACGAGCCUUCCAGGGUGCCGAUCCGCGAGUGGUUCGACAAGAGCUCGAGCGCGAUGCAGGCCCUGCACGAGCUGCAGGUGCAGUGGAUCCGCGUCGUGGCCACCGACCGCGACGACCGCGAGUGGGAGACCAGGAUCGACCUGCGCUACACCGCCAAGCAGAAGAGCAUGCAGCAGGACGCCGACCACAACGAUUACUGGUCCUCCUCUGACGACGGCAAGGCCGAACAGGCCGUGCCCAACGCGAGCGACUUCCGCUGCAUCAACCAGGCCUUCGUCGACAACGUCAAGAAGGCCCGAAACCACCUGCGAUCGCUGCCCUGGCGCCUCGAGGGCCUGACUAUCGAUCCCCUCAAGGCCGUCGGUCAGCUGGGGCUGUGGAAGGAGAUCGUCCGAUCGCCUGAGGAUGAGGAGGUCGACGCUGCGACGGAGCAUAUGUCGUUGCCGUCUAACUGGCGCGACACGCCCGGACCGCGACGUGCAUCGCGAGCCUCACCGCGAUCAUCACCGCGCCGGGAGGUUCUGUCCUCGCCUCGCACUCGCACUCGGCGCUCCCAGCAACUUGAGAUGACGGAGGACUGGCUGGAGAGCGUCGAACAGAGCCUGGAACAGGACGAGGAGGAGGAGGAGUCCUUGUUCGUGUCCUAG